CAGUGCGUACAUUAUCUCCUUGAAGAUCACAUUUCAACUUGAUCGCUUGCAGUUUGGUUGGGGUUAUAUACUAACCGUCUCGCCCCUUUAGUUCCUCACCUGUGCCAGACGGAAUAGAGCGCCCACUCCUUCGUGAUACCCGAACCGCACACUCUCCUCGCUCCCCCUCAUGUCUUACAAAGCUCCUACAGUAACGGCGGUGUCCGCCCCUGGAAAGGUCCUUCUCACCGGCGGCUACCUAGUCCUGGACCGCGAUUACACCGGCACAGUCUUCGCCCUCGACGCUCGUAUCCAUGUCGUUGUUCAGCAACUGAGAAGAUCUCACCGCAGUGAUGAACAAGCUAGUGAGGACGUCAUCGUCGUUCGUUCCCCGCAGUUUGUCGACGCGGUGUGGGAGUAUGGCAUCCAGCGUUGCGAUAACGGAGGUGGGGUCAAGGUCGUACAGAAGAACGACGGACGAGCAAACCCGUUUGUCGAAACCUCUCUCAACUACGCCUUGACGUACAUCAGCUACGUGGCCGCCUCGAAAGACUUCGGUUCCCUUUCCAUCACGAUCCUUGCCGAUAACGACUACUACUCGGAAACCGCCUUCUCCAAGAUCUCGAGCCUCCAGUCUCCGGGACGAUUCGUGAACUUUGGCGUUCCCCUUCAUGAAGCACACAAAACCGGAUUGGGUUCCUCUGCAGCCCUGGUCACCGCUUUUGUAUCCGCUCUGGUCAUUCACCGCACCCUGCAGCCCGAGGACCUCGGGGCUGCUCGCGAGAAGCUGCACAACCUGGCGCAGGCCGCUCACUGUGCAGCACAAGGCAAAGUGGGAUCUGGGUUUGACGUGGCGGCAGCGAUUUACGGUUCCUGCCUGUACCGGCGGUUCUCGCCGUCCAUCUUGGAGUCAGUGGGGGAUGUUGGGUCACCAGGUUUCGAGGAGCGCUUGUUUGCCAUCGUCGAAGACGCUGACCCCAAGCAUUCUUGGGAUACGGAGUGCCUGGAUUUCGGCAUGGAGCUUCCCCGGGGAAUGCAGAUGGUUCUGUGUGAUGUGGAGUGCGGCUCUCAGACCCCGUCUAUGGUCCGGAAGGUCUUGGAAUGGCGCAAGCAGAACCCGGAAGAGUCCCUGAUGCUAUGGCAGGCACUUCAGUCCAACAACGAGCGACUGUGCUUGGAGCUGAAGCAGCUAUCGCAGAACACAGAUGUGGAAACCCCGAACGGCUUUGACGAUACUCGUCGUCUUAUCGAACGCUCUCGGGACCUCAUCCGCACCAUGACCCAGAAGGCCGGCGUUCCCAUCGAGCCCAAGGUGCAAACCGAGCUGCUUGAUGCCAUCACCAGCAUCGAGGGUGUUGUCGGCGGAGUCGUCCCCGGCGCCGGUGGGUACGAUGCCCUGGCCGUGCUCAUCGAGGACAAGGCGGAUGUCAUCCAGCGUUUGACUCAGCUCUUUGAGACGUGGGAGAGCAAACUGGAAGAUGACUUUGGGGGCAAGAUCGGAAAUGUCCGCCUUCUCGGGGUGCGCCAUGGUUCUGCCGGUGUGCAGAAUGAGUCGUUGGACCAGUAUGUAGGGUGGUUCUAGCCCUCUACAGAUCUGAGGUAUACUACAUUACCACGAGUGCAUUGUUAGCAUGAACAUGACCAUGCAUAAGCGAGAAUAUCACUAUCACAUGCCUUAAUAAUAGAGACAAUUAUUCCUUCCAUACACUCAUUAAUCUUAUCACAAGUUUACC